GCAACUGUCAUUCAGGUAGAGACCAAAAUAAGUGACGUGACAUUUGUUAGGCUGUGUACGUUUUGAUCUUCAGCUGUGCGAUAUAAAACAUAUUAAAGUUAAAAUGAAAAUUCCGUCCGUUUCGGCUAUUUUAUGUGCAAUAUUUGUGUGCUACAUAGGUUAUUCAAUAUUUUCUUUGGUGAAACUGUUCAAAACUCCAGUUUGCAGUCAGACUCCAUGUUUUAAGUCGUACCUCGCCUCUAAUCCAAAGCUUCAGUUGGCUCUAUUUACCUCCGCCACGAAUAAUCCCAUUAGCAGUGAGGUUACUAAGAUAGCUUCAAUCAAACGCUUGGAUUACUAUAAUGAAUAUAAAAGAUCAUUCGACAUCAACAUUCCGGCGAAAACUAGACGUAAUGGAACGUUAUUCCUACAUGUCAUUUUACACGGAGACAGUGAAACCAUUGAAUGGAAAUCAAUUAAAAAGGAUGGUCCUAUGGUAAUACAGAAAAUAAAGUUGACAGAAUACGCAGUUCCACGAGCAGCUGCUUUCAAUCUUCUUGGUGUUCCGGAAGCGGACGCAUCGAAGAAAAGCUCCAUGACGAUCAAACCAAUUACGCAUGUGAGAACAAAAGUGUUCCUCAGUAUACUAACAGAACACUUCCAGAUGUCGGUUGCAGACAUACCUCCAGAACUAGCCAGACAUAUCCGGGUGAACUACAAGAAUGAGUUCCUGCCUAUCCUGCAAGAGGACUUUUCGAAAUCGCGUCAAGCUGAUCUAGAAGAAGUAGGUUCAGGAAGCCAAAAUUUCACAUUGGAAUUAAACUACAUGCCAAUAGGAGUUGGUAAGCUCAAGCUUUUGGCGCACGUAGAUCAGGCGUUCCAGGCUCUUCAAAGAAUGGGGUUCUCAAAUAAGGAUUUAGAUGAUGUGAAAGGAAUGUUCUCUGAUACGAAUUUGUACUUAUUAUGUGGAACACUUUUCGUUGGUAGUAUACAUAUGAUUUUCGAUUUUCUGGCGUUUAAAAAUGAUGUGUUAUUUUGGCGGCGUAAAAAGAGCUACGCUGGAUUGUCAGCUCGCUCAAUCCUCUGGUGUGCAUUUAGUCAGAUAGUCAUUUUUCUAUAUUUAUUAGAUUCGGACACGUCCAUGAUUGUUUUAAUUCCUGCUGGAAUCGGAACAAUGAUUGAGUUAUGGAAAGCAAAAAAGAUAUUCCGAUUGAAAUUGGGCUGGUUCAGAAUAUCUUAUGAACCGCUCACAGAUCAAAAUAGUCAGCUCUCGAAGGCAGAGAACGAUACACGAGUUUUCGAUCAACAAGCAAUGAAAUAUCUUAGCUAUUUAUUAUAUCCCCUUUGCAUAUGCGGAGCGAUUUAUUCCCUGAUAUAUCAACCACAUAGAAGUUGGUACUCGUGGACAAUUAACUCUUUAGUCAAUGGAGUUUAUGCGUUCGGAUUCUUAUUCAUGCUACCACAGCUGUUCAUCAACUACAAACUCAAAUCGGUUGCUACCCUUCCCUGGAGAGCUUUGAUGUACAAAGCCUUCAAUACUUUCAUCGAUGACAUCUUUGCCUUUAUCAUCACAAUGCCAACAUCGCAUCGUAUUGCGUGCUUCAGAGAUGAUCUGGUGUUUGUCAUUUAUCUUUAUCAAAGAUGGUUAUACCCCGUGGACAAAUCAAGACUUGAUGAUGGAACGUCUGUUCAUGACCAUGUUGACGAGGAUGGUCCAUCUGGAGAAAUACAGAGCAGCAAGAAAGAUAAUUAAUCUAUUAAAACGGCACAUUUUAAGCAACUCAACAUUCCUAGUGAAAUAUGAACAAAUAGUAUUAUAGCUUGAUUUUUCAUUACCGGUAUUGA